AUGCCAAAUUCGCGUCGUUUAUCACGUGAAAAAUUUUAUUCUAUUCCAAAUGUAUCAUCAGACAAAUUACUCAAUCACUAUGGAACAUUGUUAAGUACAACAACAACAGUUGAAAAUUGUCCUGUUGAUGACGAUGAUGAUGAUGAUGAUAAUAUGAAUGAAGACGGUCUUAAAAAUAUGGCAUUUGCACCAGAUGAAUUACCAAUUAAUCAUAAUCAUAUUAUAAUUAAUCUUCCACGUCGGCCAUCAUCAACCAUAUCAAAACAAUCAUUACGUCAAAAAUUUCGAUUUAAUCAUACCAUGAUAUAUUAUAUAACUCAAUUUCUUGUACUCAUUUUUAGUAUCAUUUUUGCUACAUUAUGUUGUAUAACUGUUUAUCAAUUUAAAGUAGAACAAUUAGAAAGUUUACAUCAAUAUAAAAAAUUACAACUUUUACAAAAUACAACAACAACAACAACAACAGAAACAAUUCAAUAUCAUUUAAAAAAUGCAAGUGUAUGCCGUUUAUUUAAGACAAAUUUAAAUCGUUAUUAUAAAAUACCAGCCAAUUAUCUUUCUCUUAUUUUUAUUUUAUUACUCUUUUUUGUCUUAUUUUUCUUUCAAAAUUUACUUAAACAAUGUCAAAAUCGUAUAGUUAUUCGUUCAACAAAGAAAACAUGUUAUCUUUCAUUUCCAAUGAUAUUUAAUCCACAUUGUUAUACAAAUAGAUUUGAAUCAGCAGCCGUAUUUGGAUUAUUAGCUCUUGAAGUAUUACAUAUAUUUGAUGAAUAUAUUAUACAUGCUUAUCGACAUCUUAAUCAUGGACCACUUAUUGAUCUAAUUAUACAAAUUGGUAUUGGACUAUUAUUAGGAUUAAGAUAUUUUCCAAUAUUGGCCAUGUUUGAACAAAAACCAGAAUAUAAAACAAGAUUAUCAAAUAUAUUAUGUUAUUCAUUGGCAACAAUGUAUUUAUGGACAGAAAUUAUAUUUAAACUUCAAAAUGAUAUUAAUUGUACUGAUAAAUCGAUAAUGAGUGAUAUUAAAGAAACAAUAGGAAAAUUAGAAAAAAUGGGUAUUAAUCCAAAACAAAUGUUAUUUCAUCAUUUAGGCGAUAAUCGUACAACAUAUUUAAAUGAGACAGCUCAUAAUUAUACAUCUCGUGCGAAAUUAUGGUAUCAUAAUAAAAUUUCAAAAUUAAAUUUAACGCAUGAUGAAGAUGAUGAUGUUCAAAUGGAUAUUUUACGUUUAGAUCGUUCACUUGGUUUGAAUAAACAAGGUAUCUACUAUAAUACAUUUCGUUAUGCACCCUAUUAUUAUUAUUCAACAUAUUUGGCCAUAAGUUUGACAUUAAUGUUUUUAUGUGAAUUUAUACAAUUAUUUCGAUCAAUAACAAAACAAAAAACAAUUUCAAAUCAACAUUCACCAAGAUGGAAAUAUGUACAAUGGAAUCUAUUACGAACAGAAAAUUAUUUUGAAACAUCAUCUGAUCAACCUACUCGUUUAUUUCGUUGCUUAAAUUUUUUAAUUCAACGUUUGAAAUCUAUUUAUUCUAUACGUCCCUAUUUUCGAUAUUCAAAAUUAAUUGUUUGUAUUUAUGUUGCUGCUUUUACACUUAUCUACUAUUUUACAUUUUGGAUAACGGAUAAUACAUAUUGGAUAACAAAAAAAAUUUUAUUAUUUUUAAAUUUAUUAUUAUGUGGUUUAGCUGAUCUAAGCAAAGAUUUAUGUUAUAAUUUGAAUAUGACCACAAUUACAAAUGAUAUUAAUAUUAUUUGUAUAUUAACAGCUUGUGUAACAUCAUUACAAUUAUUAUUUGGACUAAGACAUUAUCAAAAACAAAUGUGUAAUGCUUAUAAGGGACAAUUUAUUGAUAUACCAUUACCUAAACAUGUGUCAUCCAUUGGAAUAAUUAGUAAAUCUGUACAUUAUCCAGGACGAUUCAUUGGUUCAUUGGUGUACAGUUAUGGUUUUCUAUUUCUAUUUGUUUCCAUUUUAUUUAUUCUAUCACGUUAUAUUUUUUAUUCAUUAAUCAUUUGGGAAUAUUCUGCUAAAUUAUUUUUACCAAUGAUUAUUUUCUUUUUAUUUCAAUUACUAUUUGUACGUCUUCUAUGUAAAUUAUUAUUUAUUCAAAAUGGACGAUUAUUGGCAUUAAAAAAUAUUCGUCUCUAUUAUGCAUUCUCUUAUUUUAGCUUUUUUUUCGAUUGUUUUCUUGGUUUUAUUAUGUGUCUAUCACGAAUAACAAAAGCAAUUAUUUGUGCACUCAUUUUUUUUGCUCGUCUUGAUUAUAGUCCAUUUGGUCGUGGUUUAGAAAUGUAUGAUUCAUCGUAUGCUGCUUAUGUAUCAUUUAUGCAUGUUGAAAGAAUACAAAUGCAUCCGGUUUUAAAUGUUUUUAUUGAUUUAGUAAGAGAUCGACUAUUAGAAAGACGAAUGUGGAAACGAAGACAAGAAUCAAAACAACAACAACAAGAGUUUACACUUGAACAAUAUACACGACGACAAUAUGUCAGAUUUCGAUGGGCACUAGUCUAUACACUUGUAAAUAAUGAUCAUUUAAAACGUUAUCGAAAACAUAAACGAUUUUCAUAUAAACAAAUUCAAUCAAAAACACUUGAACGAUUAUUUUUAAAAUUAGGUUUUCAUCAAAUAUUGCCAACAACAUCGAAUAAAUAUUGA